AUGGCACCCACGAUCCGCGUCAUCGGCUCCCUCAACGCCGACAUGGUCUCCGUGACCCCUCGCUUCCCGGACGCCGGCGAGACAAUCACCUCCUCCGCAUACUUCAUCAGCGCCGGCGGAAAGGGCGCGAACCAAGCGGUCGCCUGCGGCCGGCUCUCGCGCCCGCAGCCCAAAUCCGAUUCCACCUCCACAUCUAAAGGCGACGUCAAGGUCGAAAUGGUCGGUGCUGUCGGCGCUCUCGACGGUCACUUCGACAGCCUGCUCAAACCUACCCUCGAGAGAUCCGGCGUGGACACCUCGCGCGUGCAGGUGAUAUCAGACGCAUACACGGGCGUCGCGGUGAUUAUCGUUGAUUCGUCGGCGGGAGGCGAGAACCGGAUCCUGUUCUCCCCCGGAGCGAACUAUACCGGGAUGAAGAGCUCUCCCGAGGUCAUCGGGAUGGCGCUCGCAACACCCGUGCCAGAUGUCAUCGUCAUGCAGGGUGAGAUCCCGACGGAGACGACAAUUGGUAUUCUACGAGAUCUCGCCCGGUGGAAGGAGCAGCAGAGGGCUGCGGGAAAGAAGGGAAUUGAGGCUGGUCCAGAUGUGAUGUUCAACCCUGCGCCUGCGCCGCCUGGCGGCUUACCUGCGGAUGUGUAUGCGGGCGUGGACCACCUGAUUAUGAACGAGACGGAGGCGGAGCUCAUGGCGCCGCCUGCGGAGGAGUUGGUGAAGGUCCCCGGGAUUGAGGAAGGGCAGGACGGGAAGGAGAAAGUUGCGCGGUAUUUCCACUCACUAGGUGUGACGUACGUGCUUGUUACGCUGGGCGCGAAAGGCGUCUGGUAUAGUGCUGCGGACCCGGGGACUGAGUUGGCAGGAAGGGCUACGAAUCAGGUUCCGGCGGCCAAGGUGAGUCGGGUGCUUGAUACAACAGCGGCGGGGGACACGUUUGUCGGUGCGUAUGCGGUGAAGGUUGCGCGGUGGCGCGAGAGGCGGCGCGUGGAGGGCAGGGCAGGGGAGGAUCUUACGGCAGAGGAGAAGGGGGUGCGGUAUAGGUCGGUUAUGGACGCGGCGAUGGAGGUGGCUACGAGAGCAUCGGCGCGGGGGGUGGAGAGACAGGGCGCCAUGGACAGUAUCCCGUGGGAGGAUGAGAUUUGA